AUGGCUAUAAUUGACAGAGAGAUAAAUGAUUUAUUAGAGAAGAAUAUCAUUGAACCAGUAACAAAUUACGAAGAAGGGGAAUUUAUAUCUAACAUUUUCAUGAGACCUAAGAAAAACGGGAAAUUUAGAGUCAUUCUUAAUUUGAAACAAUUAAAUGAUUGUGUUGAAUAUCACCAUUUUAAGAUGGAAACACUGUCUGCAGCUGUUGGUCUGGUGUCAAAAAACUGUUUUUUCGCUUCCAUUGACUUACAAGAUGCGUAUUAUUCUUGUCCUGUGUGCACAGAGGACAGAAAAUAUUUACGAUUUUUAUGGAACGAUAGAAAAUACCAGUAUACUUGCUUAGCAAUGGAGUUAGCAUCGGCUCCCCGUAUAUUCACAAAACUGUUAAAACCGGUGUUUUCCACAUUGAGGAAACGCGGGCAUGCUAAUAUAGCUUAUAUUGACGAUUCUUUGUUAGUGAGCAAAACAGAAUCUGAAUGCCGUAAAAAUGUCAGGGAGACAGCUGAGCUUUUAGACAGCCUUGGAUUAACUAUAAACGUAGAGAGGUCGGUAUUCACUCCAAGUAGAGCUAUUCAAUUUUUGGGAUUUAUAAAAAAUUCUGAAUUGAUGACAGUAUCAUUAACGCCAGAUCGGGCUACAUCGAUAAGACAAAAGUGUGAGGAAAUUCUGAAAUUGCAUCGAAUUACGAUAAGAGAAUUUGCACAGUUAAUUGGCAAAUUAGUGUCAAGUGAUCCAGGUGUCCGCUAUGCGCCUUUGUUUUGUAAAUCUCUUGAGAUUGUUAAAGACAAAGAAUUAAAAACAAAUGCUGGUAAUUUUGAUGCAAAAUUUGUGAUUUCCGGUGAAAUUAGGAAAACAAUCACUUGGUGGAUAAAUAAUGUUGAAAGAUUUCCUCGAUUUAUAAAUAUUGAUAAACCAGUGUUAGCAGGCUUGGGCAUAUUUAAUGAAAACAACGGAGAUUGUUAUCAAGGAGAAUGGUUAGAUGAAGAUAAAGAAAAGCAUAUCAAUUUCUUGGAAUUGAAAUUUGAUGGGAUCAGUGCUGCAGAAAAUUACUACCGACAGAGCAUAGGCGAUAGUAAUUGCUCCAAUAUGGCCGACACAGCAUUGGUUUCCACGGCUGCUUCAAUUGGUCUGCAAGGACAGUUAUCUGUUGCCGGACACUCAAAAUCUUCUGACGAUGCCGAACAAACCCGAGAAGUACCACCCACUGAGAAAAAUGAGACUGGGCGCAUUCCGUGUAUCGGGGAAUCCUUCAAAAAUCGAGGCUUAUCAGAUGACACUCAAAAAAUUCUAUUAUCUUCCUGGCGAGAGUCCACUAAAAAACAAUAUAGGGCAUAUAUCGAAAAAUGGUUGUCAUUUUGUAAUAGCAGACAAAUUAAUGUAUUUGAGGCAAAUGUGAACAAUGUUUUGUCAUUUUUAACAGAAUUAUUUCAGUCAGGGUUAGGAUACAGUUGUCUAAAUACGGCUAGGAGCGCAUUAUCAUCUUUUCUACAGUUAGAAAAUUGUGUAAAUAUAGGUUCUCAUCCUUUAAUACGUAGGUUUAUGGGAGGGGUGUUUGUACUUAGACCUGCUCUUCCAAGAUACAAUGUCACCUGGGAUGUAAAUAUUGUGUUAAAAUAUUUGAAAUCCUUGUCUCCUUUUUCAUCAUUAUCACUGUUACAAUUAUCUCAGAAACUGGUUAUGUUACUUGCCUUACUUUCAGGGCAAAGGGGACAAACACUUCAUUUGAUUGAUAUUAGAAAUGUUCAUUUUCAAGAGAGUGGUGUAAAAAUUGUUAUAGGUGAUCUUUUGAAAACUUCAAAUACAAAAAGACACUUGGGUGAAAUUGAGCUAACUAGCUACGAAGUCGAUAAAGAUUUGUGUGUGGUGAACACUUUGACUAAUUAUUUACAAAACACAGAGACUCUGCGAGGUGCCGUUACACGCUUGUUUAUUACGUCACAACGACUGCACAAGUCAGUGUCCAGAGACACAAUUGGCAGGUGGCUGAAGUCUGUUCUAAAGAUGGCAGGAAUUGAUAUUUCUAUAUUCAAACCUCACAGCACCAGGGUGGCUUCUGCGAGCGCUGCACACGCACUAAGAAUCCCUGUUGAUACAAUUAUGCGAACAGUGGGUUGGUCAAGAGAGUCAACAUUUAGAAAGUUUUAUAACAAAGAAGUUACUUUAACGAGGAUGAACAGAACCGCAAAAUGGUUUUACACCGUGACUUUACUCUGCAGUGUUUAUAUGGUAUACAUGGUUUUACAUAUCAACAUGAUGGGAAAACAUCUUGCACCGGCAUUUGAGAACCUGAUUUUGCUUAAUCACAGGAGCUUUUUCGAUGAUUUCAAAAGUUAUACAUGCCCAAGUAAUAUAUCCACAAAUGACACUGAGGAUAUUCUUUGCAUGGAGAGAGAGGAAUUCUUAAGGAAUUUUAAAAAUCCAUGUUGGUUUAAAUUUAUAAACACAACAGUGGGACUGAAAAAAGUACUACGCUGUUUCCCUUUCUUCCAUAUAUUUGGCGUCUGUAAAUCUGGAACAACAGAUCUUUUCUUCCGUUUGACGCAGCAUCUACAAAUAUUGAACAACAGUGGUAUUUUAAAUAAGGAAACUCAAUUCUGGUCUUGGAAACGUUACGGACAAGAUUCUCCCGUCCACAGAAAUCUCACUCUGGACGAGUUUUCAAGCUUUUUUAUGGCCAACAAAAUUGGAAAGACAAAAAUUGGUUUACGGGACAUGAUGCACUACUCAGAUAUAAUUACAGGUCAUGCUGAUCCUAUGGAUUUUUGGGAUCAUAAUCACUGGAGGGAAAUCCCCCAGAAUGAUCCAAAUUCGAGCGAGCCAAAAUUCCUGACACCACACUUAGUGAGGCACGUGCAGCCGAAUAUUAAAUUGAAACUACUGCUUCGGGAGCCAGCAGAAAGACUUUACAGUCAUUAUCUGCAUGGAUAUUAUGGUUACACACCCUUGGACUUUCACAAUUCAGUCAUUAAAGGCAUUGAACUCUUCAACACAUGCUUGUCCAAUUGCAGUCUCAAGACUUGUUUAUAUAUAUCUGAUUUAUCUAAAGAUAUGCAACUUCCACUGACUGCCAGCUUAUACUUCAUUCACCUACAAGAGUGGUUAGAUGUGUUUCCAAGAGAACAACUUUUAGUCUUAAGAACGGAAGACUACCAUGAGAACAUGAAAUACAGUCUUCUACAAUUAUUUUCCUUUCUUGGUGAACCCAACAGAAAAUUGGCAGCUAUAAUGAAUGAUGAAUGGUACCUAUGGAAGGAUGCUUCAUUCAAGUUCAGAGCUAAACAGAUACCAAAAAACCAAACAGAAAUAUUAACAACACCUUCAAUACUAGAUCUCACUUUUGUUAACGAAAGCAAAUCAAAACAUUCAACAAGUGUUGUUUCCUGCAUAUCUCUACUUGAAGGUGUUGUUGGCGUUUCCUGGGAAUUAGGAGAAGUAGUAGUGCCAUCGCUGGUUGUGUUAGUUUGA